AUGCAGCCUGACCUCAAGUCCUCCAUUGCCAUUUUUGGCCCUACCGCUUCUGGUAAAACCAAGCUGGGAGUGGCCAUGGCCAAAACAUUUCUGGGCGAGGUUGUCUCCGUCGAUAGCCUCCAGUGCCUUCAAUCGGGGGGCAUCGUCACAGCAAAGCCUCGCGCCGAAGAAAUGCAACGCGUCCCUCAUCAUAUGAUAGACUAUCUUGAAGCCGAUGAGGAGCUUCAUGACUUUGCCAGAGCUGACGAAAUGCUAGAUAUGGGCCUCUUGGAUGAGCUCACCCAGCUGAAGCACCUCCAACAGACCUUACUCGGUGAUGAACCCAAUUUUGAUAGAGGUAUUUGGAAGGCAAUCGGAUAUUCAGAGUUCUAUUCGUACCUCCAGUCUGAUGCAGGCACCGACGAGCACGGGGUCUUGAAACAAAAUGCCCUGACAUCAAUGUACGUCAAUACCUUACGUGGUGGAGCCUCUUCCGGGAACGACCCCGCGCAUAUCGAGGCGGCCAAGGCCCUCGCCCAUGAGUUGCACCGCUACGGCAUGAGACUGGUAUAUGGCGGCGGCACCACUGGAAUCAUGGGUGCCAUUGCUGGUACUCUAGUGGAAUUGUCUGGCCCGAACGCGGUCCAUGGCAUCAUCCCAGCCGCGCUUGCGAGAUACGAGGAAGAGGUGACCAAAGAGUGCGCCGACCCUUCUCGAUUCGGAACUCGGACCGUUGUGAGGGAUAUGCACACCCGCAAGAGACUCAUGGUCAAGUCUGUUCUCGAUGGUGCCCCAGGCAGCGGCUUCGUCGCGUUGAGCGGGGUUAAUGGCACCAUGGAGGAGCUGCUUGAGGUUACUACAUGGUACCAGCUGGGUAUUCACGGCCGCAGUGUUUGCAUCUUCAAUGUGAGCGGUUCUACGACGGGCUCUUGCACUGGAUCAAUUCUGCGCCAAGGUCUGGCGGACACGUUGAGGGAUAUUCCGUAUCUUGCCGGCGAGAUUACCGAUCAGGAACAUCCCAAAGGAUCGAUCGCGCUCAGCGAGCGUCAUGCCUCUGUCGAUGACCUUUUCCGUGUCCGGGAUCUUUCUGCAGCCGCCGACUAUAAAGAUCUCCGCGCACACAAUUUCUCCCCCUCGAGCCUCAAAGGCUUGGACUUUUCCCUUGAGGACCUUGUCUCUAGCGGUCGAUGGCCUGUAUUUCGGGCCGUGUUCCUGCUUAUGAAUGGCGGUUCCGUGCUUUCUGUUAGCGUGCACCACUCGACGACCGAUAUCACUGGUUUUGGGGCGUUGCUCAAAAUUUGGGCGUCGCAUUGCAGCUCACACUCGUCUCAGCCUAUUGGCUUUUCUGUAGACUGGCUAGACCGCAGGGCACUACUCCCGAGCAGCUACGUGGCGCCAGAUGCUGCGCAGAUCAACCUGCCAACUCUUUUACACAGAGAGGUUGCCGGUGGUGUCAAGAAAUCUGGAGGGCAUGAUGAUCCUGACCAUCUUGAGACGUUGGUCUUCAAGCUUUCUGGCGAUGCGCUUCGGGGUUUGAAAGGCAAAGUGACCAAACACCUUGACACCAAUGUGGUACCUUGGGUCUCAACCAGCGAUGUCCUGUACGGCCUUCUUUGGGCCGCUGUGACAUAUGCAGAGGACCAAGAAGAUCUAGCACGGCGAGGUAUCUCGGGCCGGAAAACAGUGCGACAAAUGCGCUUGCCUGUUAAUGUCCGCAGUCGAUUGAGACCGCCUCUGCCAAAGAACUACCUUGGCUCCGCGUUUGUCGUAGCUCUGGCAACUGUUGAUGAUACUGAUCUCAUUGACAUUGUCAUGAAAGACGCCGAAGCAUCUAUCGCAGCUUUGUCACGGGUAGCGACGGCCAUUCGCACAUCUAUUUUAAUAAUCGAUAACAAAGCGGUGGAAGAAGUCGUUGGAUUUCUAGCAGCACAGGACGACUUGACCGGUCUCAAGCUCGGACAGCAAGCGACCGACUUUUCGAUUGUCUCAUGGGCUGAUGAGAGCGUCUAUGAGCUGGACUGGGGCAAAGAGAUUGGCCGGUGUGAGGCUUAA